UCUGGGUUUUUGGUAUUUGUUACGGAGGAGCUUUCAUCAAGGAAACACUCUAUUAUUACUUUCGUAAAUUCGAAGGCUUUUAUGAUUUUUGUUUGGAUUAACGUGAUUUUAAAGGCUCUCUCUUUUUCUUUUUCCUUUAUUGUAAUUUAUUAUUUCUUUUUGGUAGUAUUUGGUGGGUGAAGUUUCGAUUUUUGGACUAUAAAUAUCAGUCUCUGAUCCCUUCAGUGUUGUGAAUCACAAGAAAGCAAGUCUCGGUUUUGGGUUAUUUUCCUUUGUAGUUCAUUGUCAUCAGGUGAUUGAGAUCUGAAAAAUGGCGACCAAUUCUUCAAAUGGGGAGUACCAAACAACGACUAAGCCACCUCCAACGCCUUCUCCUUUGCGCAACUCCAAGUUUUUUCAGAAAAUGAGUCAAUGUGGGAGCAGAAGUAGUGAAGUGUCCCAUUAUUUGAAAUAUGUAAUGUCCAAUAUGAGAAUUUUGGUUACUGGAGGAGCUGGAUUCAUUGGAUCACAUCUGGUUGACAAACUAAUGGAAAAUGAGAAAAAUGAGGUAAUAGUUGCUGAUAACUACUUUACUGGAUCAAAGGACAAUCUUAAAAAAUGGAUUGGCCAUCCAAGAUUUGAACUCAUUCGUCAUGAUGUCACGGAGCCAUUGUUGAUUGAGGUUGAUCAGAUUUACCAUCUUGCAUGCCCUGCUUCUCCCAUUUUCUAUAAAUAUAAUCCCGUGAAGACAAUAAAAACAAAUGUGAUUGGCACACUGAACAUGCUGGGUCUUGCCAAGCGAGUUGGAGCAAGAAUUUUGCUUACAUCAACUUCAGAGGUAUAUGGUGAUCCUCUUGUGCACCCUCAGCCAGAGAGCUACUGGGGUAAUGUUAACCCAAUUGGGGUUCGGAGCUGCUAUGAUGAGGGAAAGCGUGUGGCUGAGACCUUGAUGUUUGAUUAUCAUAGGCAGCAUGGGAUAGAAAUUCGCAUUGCUAGAAUUUUUAACACGUAUGGACCACGCAUGAAUAUUGAUGAUGGGCGUGUUGUCAGCAAUUUCAUUGCUCAAGCACUUCGUGAUGAACCAUUGACUGUCCAAAAACCUGGAACUCAAACUCGCAGUUUCUGUUAUGUUUCUGACAUGGUUGAUGGCCUCAUUCGACUCAUGGAAGGAGAGAACACUGGGCCAAUCAACAUUGGAAAUCCAGGUGAAUUUACCAUGAUUGAACUUGCUGAAAAUGUGAAGGAGCUUAUCAAUCCUGAUGUGGAGAUAAAGAUGGUGGAAAAUACUCCUGAUGAUCCAAGACAGAGGAAACCUGACAUCACAAAGGCAAAGGAAUUGCUAGGUUGGGAACCAAAAGUCAAGUUGAGGGACGGCCUUCCCCUUAUGGAAGAGGACUUCCGCUUGAGACUAGGAGUCCCCAAAAAGAAAUGAAGAUGAGCAGUGUGAAAUUCUUGGAUGUCAUCAUCAGUGUGUGCUUGUUCUCCAUAUAUUUUACACUUGCCUAUGCCCUUAUUUCAUUCCCAUAUGAUAGGAAAUAAGUGGUGAUGAAUAUCACCCAUUUCCUUUAUUCCUACACUCACCACGAUUGAGAGACUUGGGAAAGCUUUCUAUAGGUAUUUAACAUUAUAUAGUUAAAUACAAGUUUCUUUUUUUUUUC